AUGAAUAAACUAGCUGGUGCUUUGAAGCGUUUUUCAAAACGCAUGUUAUCACAAAGUAAAAUGAGUAUUCGACCAAAUUCUUCUACUCAUAACAUUGUCCUGGUUGAAGUUGAUUUAGCAACAAAUGAAGAUGAUCCAACAUAAACUCCUAAGAUCUUAUAAAUUUUACCAUUAAAUGCUGAAAACUUGAUUACAGUGCAUCCUAAUGAAAUUAAAUUAUGGAAAUAUAGUAAAUGUUAUUUAGAAUUUAAACCAAUUGCUCCUUUGCCUUUUUUAAAAUUAAAAUAUGUAUGUGUUGCAGAUAAGAAAGAUGAAUUUGUGGUUCUGUUUGGUGAUAAUUCUAUUAUGUCUAUUUCAAGUAAGAGCAUGAAUUCUAAAAAUAAACAAUUCAUAUGUCCUAAAUAAGUCCAUGUUAAAACUUUUUAAUUGCAUCAGGAGGAUGUAAAUAAAAUUGCUUUUAUGUGA